UCCGCGGGAGAGUGGCAGCCGGACUCGCGGAGCGGCUAGGGGCGGGGCGCCGCAGUGCCGUAGUAGCGGGCAGCCGGGACGCACUGCCUUGGAGCCGCGGAUACGCGAGCAGGCGCAGGACCCGGCACUGCCUAGCCCCCGUCCCGCCGCCCCAGACCCGCGGCGCCCGCUCGGGCCGUCCCCCUCCCCGAGAGGGCUGCGCUGGCGGGAAGGCGCCCAGACCACAGCCCCGGCCCCCCUUCCUGCCUCUCGGUUCCUCUUUCCUCCCAAGUAAGGGAAUAAGCCCCGAGGAAGGAGCGCCCCGGGGAACCGCGCAACCAAGUGUUGCAUGGUGAGGAGGAGCAAGGAUUUCUGAAGACCUUGACUACGGAUAGAAGCAUGCUGUUGGAAGAGUAGCACAGGUCUUCUCUCAUCUGCUCCAACGUGCCCACUACUGCCAUAGACACGUGCAUCCUCCGUGGUUCCUGAAGGGCCUGUCCACCGUGUACCUGCAGUGAACCAGGCCCUGGGCUGGGCCUCAGCUUCACCCUGGUGAACAAAACUCCAUCCCUGGCCUCAAGCACUCACACCCAGGUUAAAGAUGAGUGAAGAACGGUGGGUCUCCCUUACUCCAGAAGAAUUUGACCAACUCCAGAAAUACUCAGAAUAUUCUUCCAAGAAGAUAAAGGAUGUCUUGGCUGAGUUUAAUGAGGGUGGGAGCCUCAAACAAUAUGAUCCACAUGAGCCAAUUAGCUAUGAUGUCUUCAAGCUGUUCAUGAGGGCAUACCUGGAGGUGGACCUUCCUCAGCCACUGAGCACGCACCUCUUCCUGGCCUUCAGCCAGAAGCCCAGACAGGAGACCCCUGACCACCCAACGGAGGGGGCCAGCAAUGAGGCCAGUGGCCCAGAUGCCAACAUACAGAAUGUGGAUAAUGGUGCCAAAGCAGAUGAGGCGUGUGCCCCUGAUACAGAAUCAAAGAUCACCGAGAAGCAGGUGCCAGCAAAAGACCAAGUGGCUGCAACCCUCCUGGGAAAUCCUGUUGUUCCAUCUCCAGGCUCAGAAUCCCCUAUAGUGUACCUGAAGGAUGUCGUGUGUUACCUGUCCCUGCUAGAGACGGGGAGACCUCAGGAUAAGCUGGAAUUCAUGUUUCGUCUCUAUGAUUCAGAUGAGAACAGUCUCCUGGACCAGGCGGAGAUGGAUCGUAUUGUCAACCAGAUGCUUCAUGUUGCCCAGUAUCUGGAGUGGGAUCCCACGGAGCUGAGGCCUAUACUGAAGGAGAUGUUGCAAGGAAUGGACUACGACCGGGACGGCUUUGUGUCUCUAGAGGAAUGGGUCCACGGAGGGAUGACCACCAUCCCACUGCUGGUCCUGCUGGGCAUGGAUGACUCUGGCUCCAAGGGGGACGGAAGACAUGCCUGGACCAUGAAACACUUCAAGAAACCCACCUACUGCAACUUCUGCCACAUCAUGCUGAUGGGCGUUCGGAAGCAAGGCCUGUGCUGUGUUUAUUGUAAAUACACUGUCCACGAACGCUGUGUAUCCAAAAACAUUCCUGGAUGUGUCAAAACAUACUCAAAAACCAAAAAGGGCGGUGAGGUGAUGCAGCACGCGUGGGUGGAAGGGAACUCUUCUGUCAAGUGUGACCGGUGCCACAAAAGUAUCAAGUGCUACCAGAGCGUCACCGCGCGGCACUGCGUGUGGUGCCGGAUGACGUUUCACCGCAAAUGUGAAUUAUCAACGUUGUGUGAUGGUGGGGAACUGAGAGACCAUAUUUUGCUGCCCACUUCAAUAUGCCCUGUCACCCGGGACAGGCAAGGUGGGAAGUCUGAUGGCAGCGUGUCAGCCAAGGGUGAACUUGUGAUGCAGUAUAAGAUCAUCCCCACCCCGGGUACCCACCCCCUGCUGGUCUUGGUGAACCCCAAGAGUGGAGGGAGACAAGGAGAAAGAAUCCUUCGGAAAUUCCACUAUCUGCUCAACCCCAAACAAGUUUUCAACCUGGACAAUGGGGGGCCCACUCCAGGGUUGAACUUUUUCCGUGAUACUCCAGACUUCCGUGUUUUAGCCUGUGGAGGAGAUGGGACAGUUGGCUGGAUUCUGGAUUGCAUUGAUAAGGCCAACUUCGCAAAGCAUCCACCGGUGGCUGUCCUGCCUCUUGGAACAGGAAAUGACCUGGCCCGCUGUCUCCGCUGGGGAGGAGGUUAUGAAGGGGGCAGCUUGACAAAAAUCCUGAAGGACAUCGAGCAGAGUCCCUUGGUGAUGCUAGACCGCUGGCAUCUGGAAGUCAGCCCCAGAGAAGAGGUGGAGAAUGGGGACCAGGUCCCGUACAACAUCAUGAACAACUAUUUCUCCAUUGGUGUGGAUGCUUCCAUUGCACACAGAUUCCACGUGAUGAGAGAGAAGCACCCUGAAAAAUUCAACAGCAGGAUGAAGAACAAACUGUGGUACUUUGAAUUUGGCACCUCUGAGACCUUUGCGGCCACCUGCAAGAAGCUGCAUGACCACAUAGAGUUGGAGUGUGACGGGGUUGGGGUAGACCUGAGCAACAUCUUCCUUGAAGGCAUUGCCAUUCUCAACAUUCCCAGCAUGUACGGAGGCACCAAUCUCUGGGGAGAAACCAAGAAGAACCGGGCUGUGAUACGGGAAAGCAGGAAAGUCGUCACUGACCCCAAGGAACUGAAAUUCUGCAUCCAAGACCUCAGUGACCAGCUCCUCGAAGUGGUGGGGCUAGAGGGAGCCAUGGAGAUGGGGCAGAUCUACACUGGCCUGAAGAGUGCGGGCAGGAGGCUGGCCCAGUGCUCCUCAGUCACCAUCAGGACAAACAAGUUGCUGCCAAUGCAAGUGGAUGGAGAGCCCUGGAUGCAGCCACCUUGCACAAUUAAAAUUACUCACAAGAAUCAAGCGCCUAUGAUGAUGGGGCCUCCCCAGAAGAGCAGCUUCUUUUCACUGAGGAGGAAGAGCCGUUCAAAAGACUAAACAACGUGCCAAAUGCCAGUUAAACCAAGAGAGAAAAUAAGAAACUGUAACACAUACACACACACACACACACACACACGCACACGCACACACGCACACUCAUCUCUAACCAGUGGAAGCAAAGCCACCCUUCAGGAAGAAAUCUUCACCUUCCCGUACGUUCAUUCUCUCUUCUUCAACAAAGGACACACCCCAACAGAGCCAGGACCCCCAGAAAAUUUUGAAUGGACCCAGGGCCCACCAGGGUGAUGUUGGCUCUUGCAGCAACCUCCACAUUCCCAGAAGGCCUUGAGUGGGACUUUCUGAGACUGAAGGAGAAGUCCCCCUUUCUUCCCACCAGUCUUGCAAGGUCCCUCAUGGACGCUCACAAGGAAGCAGGCUGCAGGUUUCCUGCCUAUGGUGAGAUCGGAUGUGGCCAAGGGAAAGCGCUCCCAUUCCAGAGAACUUACACAAAGGUCCCUCUGUACAGAGACAAACAGCCUCCAACUCUCAAAGCAUAACCCUUGGCAGGGCUCAGCAAGCGCACGUUGGUUUCUUAGUUGUCCUUCAAGCAGCAACUUCUGCCUGAACUUGCUGAGGAGGCAGAAAGGCUGUGGAAAGCUGUGUUUCCAUUCUUGGUUCUCCACACUGUCAGUGGGCACUUGCUAUUUUCCCAAAGCCUUCUCCUGGUGCCUGUGUGUUUGUUUGGAGACGGCUCCAAGAGCCCCCAGAGCUGCCUGUACAGCACACCUUAGAUGUGGUAUUUAUUUUCUUAGUUCUGUGAACACCUGGGAGGGAAAGCAGAGAAACUGGGAUUUAUUUUUCAAAUUGGUGUCAUAAUAUUGUGUAAAAAGGGAAGAAAAAAAACCACCCCCAGCUUCUUUCUUUUUCAAGCCAAAGCGUGUUUCCUGUUUGAGUUCCAAGCCCUGGUGGCAGACUAUUUCCUGAAGGCAGAGAAGAUGAGAAGGAAGGACCCUUUGCUGAGAAGACCAGGAGACAAACCAUCAGGUGGCUCCCACCUUCCUCUUUGCACCUACCACUCCCAGAGUGUGAGCUGAAGGCCCUUCUGAUGAUCUAAUGUGUGUGUACAUAUAUGUAGCAUAUAUAUUUAUAUAUAUAUAAAUAUUUAUUUACUGAUGGACUUCUCCUGACUGAAAAAAAAUAUGUAGAAUAGGAACAGAAAAGUGGGAAGGAAAAAGAAAGUUUUCACUCCCCCAUUCCACCAUUUCAUGGUCAAGACACAUUUCCCCAUGGUGAUCAUGAGAUUUAAGGGAAGUGAAAGUAGCUUCUUAUUGUAAAGAGACUGAGAAUUCCUAUUCUGGAUUCUCAAAACAACCAUGAAAGAUACGCUGGACAGAAUUUACUCUCCCAUUUGUCAGAUAAAGGCACCGAGUCUCUGAAAAGUUAAGAGACUUGUCCGUGGUAUCUUAGCUGAUGUGGUUUGAGAAUAAGUGCCACUAAGAGGAUAUUUAUUAGGGAAAAGAACCCGCACGUCUUAGAAUAGGGUCAUUUCUGGUCACUGGGAAAUGAUUCCAUUCGAGUCCAGGUUGCCAGGGAAGAAUGAACAUGUAGCCCAUGUGAGGACGGGACAGGCUCACAUGAGAAAAUAGGGGCCUCGUGAUGCUUCCCGGAGAUUCUAUCUGGCCUGAACUGGUAAGAAGUUGGUCUGGGUUGAAGGCACUAGACAGAUCAUCAAAUUAAACUCUAUCACGUGUCAACUCAUCAUGGUCCUCAUGGCCUCCUAGUCUGGAAACACCUCUGGCUGCAGGGAUGACCUCAAUGGAGACUCACAAGAUGGACUGAGGCACCUUCUUCAAGGUGCUCCCAGCCAGUACCCAGAGGGGUCUUGGCAGAGGCCAAUGGGCUUCCUGCAGCUGGUGCCGGCAUCACCCUCCUUUCCUGAGGGCAAGUCUGUGUAGAACUUCAUUACUAGACAGAAACAUUUGCCUUGGCGCCUUCACUCCACUGGACCGCCAUCCCCUCUGAGAUUUCUUAAGAGGAAACGUGGGCCCACUAGACAUUGCUCCACUGAGCUCUCUCUAAUCUUGCACUGGGUCAGGAGCUUUGCACAAGGAAGGGAAAUUAAGACUGUUUGUACACACUGAUCCUAACUGUGAAGGAAGCUGUCAUCUAGGACCAUCCUGCUGGACCUAAUAGUGCAAAACAGUGGGUGAGGGGAAAACCAGGCCGUCUGGAGAAUGUCUUGAAUGAUGGGAUCCUUGGUGAUGGGAUGGACCAGCAAGCUCCAGAAUAACAACAGGUACUAUCUUGGAAGCCACUUGAUUUCGAAACAAAGGCAGGUGUGGGCUCACUAAUUCUGAGACAUUUACAGACAUUUUUGCAUGUCUGAUCCCCCAAGAUUGAGGCUGUCAAAACAUAGCACUGUCAACAGGUGGAACUGAGUCUCAGUGACUCACAAGUCAGAGUGGCCGUGGCCUGCUCUAGUCCAGUGCAUAAGACUUGCAGUGUUGCUGGAGAGACAUGUCCCAAGGCCUCCUUAGAACCACACAGUAUAAUACACCAGUGGAAUUGCACUUCCAGCUUGAAAACUGGUACUAAUAGGUCACCAGGAAAUGGCACGAUCUUCAAGAAAAGAAAAAUUUUCCUGAUGAAUAUUUCCUCUCUCCCCAACAUCUUUGAGGUGAAAGGAUUGAGAACUAACUAGAUCUUUUAACUCAGAGCAACAUACAUCGUGGAAGGUGUUAAGAACAGAGGAUAUCAUUAAAAUUGCUGUUUGGGGUUUGCUGUCAUCACUCUCUGCUCCCACCAGGCAUUAAGAUGACAAGAGGCAGGAGAUCCGACUAAAGAGAAGAAGGUCCUACAGCAAGUUGCUGACCCAGCUUACAGCACAGCUGCCCUCUUCCACAGAAUGAGAAGAAGCAACCUUUUGUGCCUCUGUGUACCAUCACCCUCAACGCUCG